CUCUCUCUCUCUCUCUCUAGCUCAGCUUUGCUUUCGGCCAUGAAGCUCCAGUGGUUCUGGCAUUUCCUUCCCUGCUGCUUCCUGCUUCCAGUGCUGAUGCCGGUGGAAGCAGAACAGCACGUGUUUGAUGUAACCAUUUGGCCAGAAAACCCUGUGGUGGAGCAUGGAGGUUCUCUCUGGCUGAACUGCAGUACCAGCUGCCAGGAGGCAGAUGCCAGGGGAGGCUUGGAGACAUCGCUGAUGAAGGAGAAGAAAGACAAUGGGAGUCACUGGGCAGUUUUCCAGUUUGUGAACAUCACGGAGUGGGCGUCUGCCACUGAAUGCUCCUUCAGCUGUUACGGAGAGCAUAAAUCUGUUCAGGCAAACAUCAUGGUCUAUCAAAUCCCAGAACAUGUAAUGCUGGAUCCAGUGCCAAUAAUGGAGGUGGGCAAAGCGUAUAAUCUGACGUGCCGAGUUGCCAAUGCUGCUCCCAUCCAGCUCCUCACUGUGACAGUGUAUAAAGGAACAGAAAAACUCCAUGUAGAGACCUUUGAGAACCACACUGCUCCUGAAGCAAGGGACAUCCGAGUGACCUUCCCCAUAACUGCGCAGCAGGACAAUCACAUGGAGGAAGUCACCUGCCACGUUGCCCUGGACCUGAGGCCUCGAGGGCAGCUCCUUGAGAAGACGUCGUUCAGCGAAGUGCUAAAAGUCUUUG